CCUUAUUAUUCUAUCUGUUCUACUUUCUCUCAGAACUUGCUUUAGCUCUAACACAUAGCAAUAGCACGAGAUGAGAACCCCAACAUCAUUACUUACAUUCAACCAGAAGAUUGUGCUGCAUUGCAAAAAACUCCUGAUCAGACUCACCAGUAACCGUCCCAGACGCCAUUACCGACAUUUGAAACUUCACAAGACUUCAUCAUCAUCAUCAUCGUCUGAGAAGAAACCCACCAGAGUAGUGUCUUCUUUUUUCCUUACCUUCCAAAAGAAGAAGCAGAAGAAGGAGAAGAUAAAGCGGCUUAACGAGCUCAGGAGUUUCUCCGAUUCCGUGAGUGAUAAGAAGGCUGAAUCAAGAAAGAAGGCAUUUCCAUCUAGUCUCAAGACAUCUUGCAUUGGUCAAGGUAAGGCACAUUCACAAAAAGUCUCACAAGAUCUUGAUGCACCUAGAAACAGCACAACCGCAUUCCUCCCAUGAGUGAUAAUGAUAACUUCUUGAUCUGAUGUUGACGUUGUAGAAUCUCUCUAUGUCAAUAGUUUUUACAACUAGUUCUCUCUAAGAAUGUAUUAUGAAUCCAAAUUAAAUUCUUUGUAGUGCGGAUCUUGAUAAGAUUUAUGUGUAUGAUUUUAAAAUAUAUAUCAGGAAGAAGACUUUGAAUUGGAAUCAGAAAUGAUUAAAGUACAAGAAUCCAGAUAAUUUUUUUCCAAACGGAAGAGAAGAUAGACAUCAAUAGCUUUUGUAUACAUCUAUCUAUCCCUAAAAGCACGGACCAAUGGCUUCAUUCC